GAGCAGCGGUGGGUGCAGCGGCCACAGCUGGAAGAGCAGCGGGAACAGCAGCCGCCGCCGGCUCCGCAGCAGCAGCAGCAGCAGCUCCCCUGGUGCCGGAGCGUCGCGGCGGAGCGGAGCGGAGCAGAGCGGAGCGGAGGAGCCGGCUGCGGCCGCGGCCGGGGAGGAGCAGCCCCGCGCCCCGCGCCGAGCCCGGGGGUGCCGGCGGGGCGCGAUGUGGCGGCGCGGGCUGCUGGAGCUGGCGCUGGGCUUGACCGUGCUGCUGGCUGCCUGCCCGAGCGACGGCGCGGACGCGGAGAGCCCGAAGGAAGCGCGGGCCAGCCGGGCCAAGCGGCGAGGGCAGGGAGUCGGCGGCGGAGGGCACGAUGCGCUCAAAGGACCCAAUGUGUGUGGAUCACGUUACAAUGCCUACUGUUGUCCUGGAUGGAAAACUCUGCCUGGUGGAAAUCAAUGCAUAGUCCCAAUUUGUCGACAUUCCUGUGGGGAUGGAUUUUGCUCAAGACCAAACAUGUGCACAUGUCCAAAUGGUCAGAUAGCCCCCUCCUGUGGUUCAAAGUCAAUACAACACUGUAACAUCCGGUGUAUGAAUGGAGGUACCUGCAGUGAUGACCAUUGUCUUUGUCAGAAGGGAUACACAGGAACACACUGUGGACAGCCUGUCUGUGAAAGUGGGUGUCUUAAUGGUGGGAGAUGCGUGGCUCCAAAUCGAUGUGCUUGUACAUAUGGCUUUACUGGACCUCAGUGCGAAAGAGUCACCAGGUUUGGUACAUCAGAUUAUAGGACUGGGCCAUGCUUCACUUUGAUAACCAAUCAGAUGUGCCAGGGACAACUCAGUGGAAUAGUCUGCACCAAAACCCUUUGCUGUGCGACAGUUGGGAGAGCAUGGGGUCAUCCUUGUGAAAUGUGUCCUGCUCAGCCUCAUCCUUGCCGUCGAGGUUUCAUUCCAAAUAUUCGAACAGGAGCCUGUCAAGAUGUGGACGAAUGCCAAGCCAUCCCUGGGAUCUGUCAAGGAGGAAAUUGCAUUAACACUGUCGGAUCUUUUGAGUGCAAAUGCCCAGCUGGACACAAGUUUAAUGAAGUGACACAAAAAUGCGAAGAUAUUGAUGAAUGCAGCACCAUUCCUGGAAUCUGUGAUGGAGGAGAAUGUUCAAACACAGUCAGCAGUUACUUUUGCAAAUGUCCUCCGGGAUUUUAUACAGCCCCUGAUGGCUUAAGGUGUAUAGAUGUACGUCCUGGAUACUGCUUCUCUUCUCUGACCAAUGGUCGCUGCGGGAAUCAACUUCCACAGGCAUUAACUAAAAUGCAGUGUUGCUGUGACAGUGGACGAUGCUGGUCUCCAGGAGCAACCAGUGCCCCUGAAAUGUGUCCAAUCCGAUCUACCGAGGAGUUUCGCAAGUUAUGCACAGUAACUGGACUUGUGCCUAGGAGACCUGAUCUUCCUCCCUCCCAUCCUGAUGGCACCAUUCCUAUUGUAAUCCCUCCUGGUCCUGUUCCUCCUGCUAUUUAUCCUCCUGUCCUCCCUGGUGUACUACAGCCUGCUUUACCACGCCCAGACAUUGCUUUUCCCUCCCGGGCUCCGCCUCCGCAUGUGAUCUUGCCAGUUAAUUUCACUGACUACUGCCAGCUAUACCGACAUCUCUGCCUUAACGGGCGUUGCAUACCAACUCCUGGGAGCUACCGUUGUGAAUGCAAUAAGGGAUUCCAACUAGAUGUUAGAGGGGAAUGCAUUGAUGUUGAUGAAUGUGAGAAGAAUCCUUGUAUUAGUGGAGACUGUGUAAAUACCCAAGGAUCGUAUAUAUGCCAGUGUCGUGUUGGAUAUCAGAGUACACCGACUAGGACAGAGUGCCGAGAUAUUGAUGAAUGUGUACAGAACGGUCGGAUCUGUAAUAAUGGACGGUGCAUAAACACAGAUGGCAGCUUUCACUGUGUUUGUAACGCUGGCUUUCAAGUCGCAGCUGAUGGGAAAAACUGUGAAGAUAUGGAUGAAUGCAGCAUAAGGAACAUGUGCCUUAAUGGAAUGUGUAUCAAUGAGGAUGGCAGCUUUAAAUGCAUUUGUAAACCUGGUUUCCAGUUAGCAUCUGAUGGACGUUAUUGCAGAGACAUUGAUGAGUGCGAGACACCUGGAAUAUGCAUGAACGGGCGCUGUGUGAACACUGAUGGCUCUUUCAGAUGUGAAUGCUUUCCUGGGCUUGCAGUGGGACUAGAUGGACGUGUGUGUGUCGAUACGCAUAUGCGAAGCACAUGCUAUGGUGAAUACAAGAGAGGCCAGUGUGUAAGAGCAUUGACCGGUGCUGUUACUAAAUCGGAAUGCUGUUGUGCAAGCACUGACUAUGCCUUUGGAGAACCCUGCCAGCCUUGUCCUGCCCAAAAUUCAGCUGAAUACCAGGCUUUGUGCAGCAGUGGACCAGGCUUGACUGCAACAGGAGCUGAUAUUAAUGAAUGUUUGGACCUUGCACUCUGCCCCAAUGGAGAAUGUGAGAAUCUGCAUGGAACAUACAAAUGCAGAUGUAAUCCUGGAUAUGAAGUGGAUUCAAGUGGAAAAAAUUGCCUGGACAUUGAUGAAUGUGCAUUGAACUUACUGCUUUGUGACAAUGGGCAAUGCAGAAAUACCCCUGGAAGUUUCACCUGCACCUGUCCCAAAGGAUUUAUAUACAAGCCUGAUCAAAAAACAUGUGAAGAUAUUGAUGAAUGCGAGUCUAACCCAUGUGUUAAUGGAGUAUGCAAAAAUACACUAAGCUCUUUUGCUUGUGAAUGUUCCCCUGAAAGUACUUUGGAUACAACAAGAACCAUCUGCAUAGAAACUGUUAAAGGCACCUGCUGGCAGAGUAUAGUGGAUGGGAGAUGUGAAAUAAAUAUCAAUGGAGCGACUCUCAAAUCCCAGUGCUGUUCCUCACUGGGUGCUGCUUGGGGUAGCCCAUGUACACCCUGUGAACGAGAUCCAAUCUGCUCAAAAGGAUAUUCAAGAAUAAGGGGAACAUUGUGUGAAGAUGUCAAUGAAUGUGAGGUGUUUCCCGGAGUAUGUACCAAUGGGCAGUGUGUUAAUACUGUGGGAUCCUUUGUUUGUCAGUGCCCCAACGGAAUGACUUUAGAUGCUUCUGGACGGAUGUGUCAUGACAUUCGUUUGGAGAGCUGCUACCUAAAGCAUGAAGAUGAACAAUGUACAUUGCAAGUACCAGGCCGGCACCGAAUGGAUGCUUGCUGCUGUUCUGUGGGUGCGGCAUGGGGCUCUGAAUGUGAGGAAUGCCCCUUACAGGGAACACCUGAAUAUUCUGCUCUUUGUCCAAGAGGACCUGGGUUUUCUACUAGAGUAGAAAUAAAUGGAAAGCCAUUCUCCAAAGAUAUCAAUGAGUGUAAAAUGAUCCCCAGUCUUUGCACCCAUGGAAAAUGCAGAAACACUAUUGGCAGCUUUAAGUGUAAAUGUGACAGCGGGUUUGCACUUGACUCUGAAGAAAGGAACUGUACAGAUAUCGAUGAGUGCCGCAUAUCUCCUGAUCUCUGUGGCCCGGGGAACUGUGUCAAUACUCCUGGGGAUUUUGAAUGUGAAUGUUUUGAAGGAUAUGAAAGUGGAUUCAUGAUGAUGAAAAACUGCAUGGACAUUGAUGAGUGUCAGCGGAAUCCUCUUUUAUGCCGUGGUGGAACUUGCAUAAACACAGAGGGAAGCUUUCGCUGUGACUGUCCUCCAGGACAUCAAAUGGCUCCAAAUAUUUCAGCGUGUGUAGACAUCAAUGAAUGUGAUUUAAGUACCAACCUGUGCAGAAAUGGACAUUGCGUCAACCUUAUUGGAAAGUAUCAGUGUGCCUGCAACCCUGGAUAUAAGUCUACACCUGACAAAUUAUAUUGUGUUGAUAUUGAUGAAUGCAGCAUAAGGAACGGUGAUUGUGAGAGUUUCUGUACGAACUCAGAGGGCAGCUAUGAUUGUAGCUGUAAACAAGGCUUUGCACUAAUGCCAGACCACAGGACUUGCACUGACAUUGAUGAGUGUGAAGACAAUCCUAACAUUUGCGAUGGAGGCCAGUGCACAAACAUACCAGGAGAAUACAGGUGUCUUUGUUAUGAUGGAUUCAUGGCAUCUGAAGAUAUGAAGACAUGUGUCGAUGUUAAUGAGUGUGAUCUGGAUCCACACAUCUGUCUGAGUGGAACCUGUGAGAAUACAAAAGGCUCGUUUAUCUGUCAUUGUGACAUGGGAUAUUCAGGCAAAAAAGGAACAACUGGAUGCACAGAUAUCAACGAGUGUGAAAUUGGAGCCCAUAACUGUGACAGACAUGCCAUAUGCACAAACACAGCAGGAAGUUUCAAAUGCAGUUGCAGCUUAGGUUGGGUUGGAAGUGGUGUCACAUGCUCAGAUUUGGAUGAAUGCUCCAAUGGAACACACAACUGCAGCCCACAUGCUGAUUGCAAGAACACCCUGGGCUCUUACCGUUGCCUUUGUAAAGAAGGUUACACAGGAGAUGGCUUCACUUGUACAGAUCUUGAUGAAUGCUCAGAAAACCUGAACCUCUGUGAAAAUGGGCAGUGCCUCAAUGUCCCUGGAGGAUAUCGCUGUGAAUGUGAUAUGGGAUUUUUGCCAAGUCUGGAUAGGAAAGCAUGUGAAGAUAUUGAUGAGUGUACCCUUUCUAAGAUCUGCGUCUAUGGAACUUGUCAUAACCUCCCUGGUCUAUUCCGAUGUGAGUGUGAGACGGGCUAUGAAUUAGACAGAAGCGGUGGUAACUGCACAGAUGUUAAUGAAUGUACAGACCCUACAACCUGUAUCAGUGGCACAUGUGUCAAUACCCCAGGCAGUUACACCUGUGAGUGUCCCCCUGAUUUUGAGCUGAAUCCAACCCGUGUUGGCUGUGUUGAUACCCGUUCUGGCAACUGCUACUUGGAAGUUAAAACACGAGGAGAUAAUGGAGGUACCUUCUGCAGCAAUGAGAUUGGGGUUGGUGUUUCCAAAGCAUCCUGCUGCUGUUCCCUAGGAAAAGCUUGGGGAAUUCCUUGUGAACAUUGCCCAGCUGUGAACUCAACUGAGUAUAAGGUUCUGUGCCCUGGAGGGGAAGGAUUCCGACCAAACCCGAUUACAGUUAUAUUGGAGGAUAUUGAUGAGUGUCAAGAACUACCUGGACUUUGCCAAGGAGGAAAAUGUAUCAAUACGUUUGGAAGCUUCCAAUGUCAGUGUCCAUCUGGCUACUAUUUAAAUGAAGACACUAGAGUAUGUGAUGAUGUCAAUGAAUGUGAAACACCUGGAAUUUGUGGACCUGGCACUUGUUAUAACACUGUUGGAAACUACACCUGUAUCUGUCCUCCUGACUACAUGCAAGUCAAUGGUGGCAACAACUGUAUGGAUAUGAGAAGGAGUCUCUGCUACAGAAAUUAUUAUGCAGACAAUCAAACCUGUGAUGGAGAGCUUCUCUUUAACAUGACCAAGAAAAUGUGCUGCUGUUCCUACAACAUUGGGAGAGCAUGGAAUAAGCCUUGUGAGCAGUGCCCUAUUCCUAGUACAGAUGAAUUUUCAACACUCUGUGGAAGUCAAAGGCCUGGUUUCUUCAUUGACAUUUAUACAGGGUUACCAGUUGAUAUUGACGAAUGCCGAGAGAUCCCUGGAGUCUGUGACAAUGGAAUCUGCAUAAAUAUGGUUGGCAGCUUCAGAUGCGAGUGUCCUGUGGGAUUCUUCUACAACGAUAAGUUACUGAUCUGUGAAGAUAUUGAUGAAUGCCAAAACGGGCCAGUAUGUCAACGAAAUGCAGAAUGUGUCAACACAGCUGGGAGCUAUCGCUGUGACUGUAAACCUGGCUACAGGUUCACCUCAACAGGCCGUUGCACAGAUCGUAACGAAUGCCAAGAAAUUCCCAAUAUUUGUAGCCAUGGUCAAUGUAUUGACACAGUUGGAAGUUUCUACUGCAUUUGCCACAGUGGAUUCAAAACCAAUGAUGACCAAACAAUGUGCAUAGAUAUUGAUGAAUGUGAAAGAGAUGCAUGUGGAAAUGGGACAUGCAGGAAUAGCAUUGGCUCCUUCAACUGCCGCUGCAACACUGGAUUCACCCUCUCGCAUAACAACGACUGCAUAGAUCUGGACGAAUGUACAAGUGGAAAUGGGAUGUUCUGCAGGAAUGGCCGGUGCAUAAACACCAUUGGGUCUUUCCACUGUCUGUGCCUAGAUGGCUAUGAGGUGGCUCCAGAUGGCAGGACCUGUGCUGAUAUCAAUGAGUGUAUACAAGAACCUAGAAAAUGUUCACCAGGCACAUGCCAGAACUUGGAUGGGACAUACAGAUGCAUCUGUCCUCCUGGAUACCUUCUGGAUCAUGACAAAUGUACAGACAUUGAUGAAUGUGGAGAAGAGCCAGAAAUUUGCGCUUUGGGCACAUGUAGCAAUACUGCAGGCAGUUUCAAAUGCCUGUGCCCUGAAGGAUUUGUAUUGUCUUCCACAGGAAGAAGAUGCCAAGAUCUGAGAGUCAGUUACUGCUUUACCAAAUUUGAAGAUGGAAAGUGUUCUGUUCCAAAAUUGAAAAACCAUUCCAAGCAGGAAUGUUGUUGUGCCUUGAAAGGACAAGGCUGGGGCGACCCAUGUGAACUCUGUCCAGAGGAAGCUGAUGAUGCGUUUCGACAGAUAUGUCCAUUUGGAAUAGGUAUUCUUAUUGGACCAGGUGAUGCGCGCCUUGAUGUGGAUGAGUGUCUUGAUCCAGAUAACUGUAAAUUUGGGCGGUGCAUCAACACAGAUGGUUCCUUUCGCUGUGAAUGUCCAUAUGGGUAUAUCCUUCAUGGAGCUGAAUGUGUUGACACUGAUGAAUGUGCAGUUGGAAAUCCGUGUGGAAAUGGAACUUGUAGGAAUGUCAUAGGAGGGUUUGAAUGUACCUGUGAGGAAGGAUUUGAGCCAGGACCAAUGAUGACAUGUGAAGAUAUGAAUGAGUGUGCUCAAAAUCCUCUACUCUGUGCAUUCCGUUGUGUGAACACUUACGGAUCAUAUGAAUGCAAGUGUCCAGCUGGCUAUGUUCUUAGAGAAGACAGGAGAAUGUGCAGAGAUCAGAAUGAGUGUGAAGAAGGAAUUCAUGACUGUGCUGAAAAACUGAUGGAAUGCAAAAAUCUGAUUGGCACUUACAUGUGCAUAUGUGGACCAGGAUUUCAACGCAGGCCAGAUGGUGAAGGAUGCAUAGAUGAGAAUGAAUGUCAAACCAAACCUGGGAUCUGUGAGAAUGGUCGGUGUAUAAACACAAAAGGAAGUUACAGAUGUGAAUGCAAUGAAGGAUUUACUGCCAGUGACACGCAGAAUGAAUGCUUGGACAACAGAGAGGGCUACUGCUUCAUUGAAGUGUUACAAAGUAUGUGUCAAAUUGGAUCAAGCAACAGGAACUCUGUCACCAAGUCUGAAUGCUGCUGCGAUGGUGGGCGAGGAUGGGGGCCAAACUGCGAGAUCUGCCCCUUCCCAGGGACUGUGGCCUUUAAAAAGCUUUGCCCUCACGGCCGAGGAUAUAUGUCCAAUGGAGCAGAUAUUGAUGAGUGCAAGGUUAUUCAUGACGUUUGCCGUAAUGGAGAAUGCGUCAAUGAGAGAGGAUCAUAUCACUGCCUUUGCAAUACAGGCUAUACACCAGAUAUAACUGGCACUCUCUGCGUAGACCUGAAUGAAUGCAGCCUGUCCCCCAAGCCUUGUAAUUUCAUCUGUAAAAACACCGAGGGGAGUUACCAGUGUUCAUGUCCGAAGGGGUACAUCUUACAGGAGGAUGGGAGAAGUUGCAAAGAUCUCGAUGAAUGUGCAACAAAACAGCACAACUGCCAGUUCCUUUGUGUCAACACCAUUGGGGGCUUCACUUGCAAAUGUCCUCCUGGUUUCACUCAGCAUCAUACAGCUUGUAUUGAUAAUAAUGAAUGUGCCACUGAAGUCAAUCUGUGCGGGACUAAAGGCGUUUGCCAGAACACACCUGGGAGCUUUGUCUGUGAAUGUCAGCGUGGCUUCUCACUUGAUCAAACUGGACUCAGCUGUGAAGAUAUUGAUGAAUGUGAUGGAAACCAUCGGUGUCAACAUGGUUGCCAAAAUAUAAUCGGAGGAUACAGGUGCAGCUGUCCACAAGGAUAUCUCCAGCAUUACCAGUGGAACCAAUGUGUUGAUGAAAAUGAAUGCCUCUCUGCACACAUUUGUGGAGGAGCAUCUUGUCACAAUACUUUGGGAAGCUAUAAAUGUAUGUGUCCUGCCGGAUUUCACUUUGAACAGUUUAGUGGAGGUUGCCAAGAUAUCAAUGAAUGCGGUUCUGCACAAGCGCCAUGCAGUUAUGGGUGUUCAAAUACCGAAGGUGGCUAUGUCUGUGGAUGUCCACCUGGUUACUUCAGAAUAGGACAAGGACACUGUGUUUCUGGCAUGGGACUUGGUAAAGGUCAGGCUCAGGAAUUGCCAGUCAGUGGUGAAGUAGAUGACAACUCUCUGUCUCCAGAGGCUUGCUAUGAAUGUAAAAUCAACGGCUACCACAAGAGAGGGAGGAAGCGCAGAAGCACUAAUGAAACCAUUGCAGAUGAAGCAGAGGAGCAACAGGAGAGAGAACCAGUAAUCAGUCUUGCCAGCUGGGAUAGUGAACAAACAGCCAUCUUUUCCUUCAACAUCUCCAAGCUUAAUAAUAAAGAUCGAAUCCUGGAACUGCUUCCUGCUCUUACAACACUGACAAAUCAUAACCGAUAUUUAAUUGACUCUGGAAACGAAGAUGGUUUCUUUAAAAUCAAUAAAAAGGAAGGGAUAAGCUAUCUUCACUUUACAAAGAAGAAGCCAGUGCCUGGAACCUAUUCAUUACAAAUCAGUAGUAUUCCACUCUAUAAAAAGAAGGAACUUAAUCAGCUUGAAGACAAACAUGACAAAGACUACCUCAGUGGUGAGCUGGGAGAUAACCUAAAAAUGAAAAUUCAGAUAUUGCUUCAUUAAUUCAUCAACCAAAGACCAAAUAAUUAAACCAAAGAUAGAUAGGUAGAACCGAUGUUCCUCUCAAUCAGAUUCUCCAUAUCAUAGGUACAGUCUUUCAUGAGUACAUUUGUAUGAAUGAGCACUAUUAUAUUAUCACAAAAGCAAGGUACAGGAUGAAUACCCUAGAACAGAACAACCACUUUCUCAGGCUUCUUAUAAGUGUAGCUGAGCUACCUUGAUAUGUUGAAUCUUGAAAACUGGGACUUUGAUCAUUGGAAGUUGGCCACUGAUGCUGAGAUACAUCAUCAUUUCAGCAGAGGUACAAGAAUGUGCUUUCAACCGAUGGACUGCUCUAUUUUUGUAAUUCUUAAACUUUUGCUUCUCCAACUACAACUUACUAGGUCAGCCAUUUAUGAUAUCCAUUUGGUGCUAGUAAUUUUUCAAUCUAGUUUUAUAAAUGCACUGUAAUAUUUACACAACUUAGAAGCCAAAAUUGCCAUUAUUCAGUCUAAAUACUUCAAUCAACCAAAGUUAGCUCAGUAGUUUAUCUCAGUUAUGCCUAUAAUACAAUACAUGUAAAUUAAGUGUGUGUAUACUGUAAUCAUGCUAUUUUUAUCAAUGAAGCAUUUGUAAACUAGAUUAAUAAUACCCUUAAUGUGAGGGUUUGUAAUGGUGCUUAUAAAGACCAACUACUUGUUAACUGUAUACACAAACCUGAUGAUAAAAUUUCUGUGACUUUACAAAAUGCACUGAGGUCAGUAGGGACCAUUAAACAUUCUCAAAAGUCAGAUGACAAUCAGUGCCCUCCUACACCAUGACAUUAUGUAACACAUGUCAAGAGUACCCAUAAUCAUUCAUAUCAAGGGUUCAAUGUCAUAAAUGUCACAAUAAAACCGUUUGUUUUUUUAGUUUA